GGCGAAUUCCGCCACCACAAACUGUUGAGAGAGAGAGAGAUGGGAAGAGCGCCGUGCUGUGAGAAAGUGGGGUUGAAGAGAGGGAGAUGGACUGCAGAAGAAGAUGAAAAACUUAGAAAAUACAUUGACGAAAAUGGUGAAGGUUCUUGGAGAUCAUUGCCCAAGAAUGCAGGGUUGCUUAGAUGUGGAAAGAGUUGCAGGCUGAGAUGGAUCAAUUAUUUGAGGUCUGAUGUGAAGAGAGGAAAUAUAUCUGCUGAGGAAGAAGAAAUCAUCUUCAAUCUCCAUGCAUCAAAGGGAAACAGGUGGUCUCUAAUCGCUGCGCAUUUGCCUGGUAGAACAGACAAUGAAAUAAAAAACUAUUGGAAUUCCCAUUUAAGCAGAAAAUUCCAUGGUUUCCGCCGCCCCAAUCCCAACUUCAUACCGCCGCCGCCGCCGCCAAAGGCCGCCGGCGGCGGUCACAAGAAGACCAAGAGCGGUAACCGGAGAGGCGGCCGCAAACGCACGGGCCUUCAAGAAGACACCGCCGGAGUUGCAAGCGCCGCCGUCGUUAUGCCGGCGACUCCCACUCCGGAUAGAGAGAAAAUUGGGAGAAUCAUCGCGGAGGAGAGAGAGAGCGGCGGCGAGUCCAUGCCGGGCCCGGGAGUCUGCGACUUGGAUGAUAUUAUGGAAGAUCUGAGCGGGCUUUGGGGCCCGGAAAUCGGGGAUGUGGAUAUAUCACGGGCCGAAGAAUUCGGGCUGGGCCUAGAGAACUCAUCGAUGUGUGAUUCGCGUGAUAUCUACGAGCCUGAGCCUCUAUCACGGGCCAAGGAGUUCGGGCUGGGACUAGAUACCUACGAGCCUGGGCCUCCAUCACAGGUCGAAGAGUUCGGGCCAGGUCUGCAGAACUCAUUGAUGUGUGAUGGACGUGAUACUUGCGAGUCCGGGCCUCCAUCAUGGGGCGAGGAGUUCGGGCCUGACCUAGAAAACUUGUCAAAGUGUGAUACUUACGAGUCUGUGCCGAAAGAUAUUUAUGAAAGUACAUUUUCGUGGUUAUGGGAUGACUGUAGCGAGAAAUGUGACCCAAACAAUGAAGAGUUGGACGAUAUGAUGUGUUCGUGGUUGUUGUCGUGAACUUUAUGCUAUCAAUAACUUUUGUAGUAAAGUGAACGACAAUAAAUUGUGAUUAGUAGUUUAGUUUGUUUGUCAAGAUUGAAGGAGAUCGAACGUGGACAGUUAUAUCAUCAGUUAUUAAUUUAUGAAGUGAAUGUUGUUUUCAAAUUUA